AUGGAGCGGCAGCUCCUGCUGCUGCUCUGCGGGACCGUCGCCUUCCUGCUGCUCUGGGCCGCCGCCGGCACCGUGCCAAUGCGAUGCAGCCGCCCCAAGGACGUGGCCAACGCUCACAUCGACGUGGGCAACAACACCCUGCUCAACACCCGCCUGCGCUACACCUGCAACCCCGGCUACAAGCGCAAAGCCGGGACCUCCAGCCUCAUCCAGUGCAUCCUCCGGGACGACUCCACCAAGCCCGACUGGACCCACACCACGCUCCAGUGCAUCCGGGACCCGGCUCUGCCUCCGGAAACCCCCAGCCCUGAGCUCCCGACGGCGCCGCACACUGAGAGGAUGACCCCAAGGGGAACCACCGACACCAGCCUGACCUCCAGCCCCUCUCCAGCAGCAACACCCGUGCCCCCAGCACCUGAUGGGACACCACCAGAGACAGUCCCACCACUGCAGACAUCCACACUGGCAGAGGCAUCCAGGCCACCAGAGAUGCUCCCACCAUUGCAGACAUCCACAGUGGGAGAGGAAACAGCUCCAGGGUCAUCUCUGGGGACAACCACACUGCCUGCCACCCCCACGGAGCAUGCUGCAGUUUCCAUCCAGACCCUGGCCUCUUCCAUCGGGCUCACAGUGCUGGUGGUCGCUGGCAUCGUGACCUGCUGCUGCUGGAGGAUGAAAAUGCGCACAGGGCAGAGCUACACUGCAGCAGAGACAGCCAUCCCCAUGGUGGCUCCUGCUUCAGAGAACGAGGAGGUGCUGCCACCCAGUGUUUACCCCAUGGGCUGAGCACCCACCACCAGGCAACUCGGUGCACCCACCAGCCCAGAGGAUGCUCAGGGCUGGGCUGAAAAGCUGGAAGCAGCAGCAGUGCGUGGCAGAGCACAUCCUGGUCCCCUCUGCACGGAGCAUCCUCGCCCCAGGGACAUGUGGCUGCUCUUCUCAGCCUGAACAAGGGACACCCAUGGAUGAGACUGCUCCAGCACCCACAGCCAUUCACUGGUGAACCCAGAACCGUGGUGAAGGUGCCUCAUACACAGCUCAGGGAUCCUUCACACCCUGGGUGCUGCUGGCAGGGAGCGAUUUCACUGCAGACACUAUCAGACUGAAGGCAAUAACACGACCUAAGGAACUAUUCCCCUUUGCAUGAUUGCCCUUUGUCCACCCCUGUUGUUAUCCACUCAUUUCCUCCUUGCUCCAGAACAGGCAGCUGUAGACAAUUGCUGGUUUAUGUAUAUAUGUGUAUAUAGUGUACAUAAAAUACUACACACAGAGCAGUUGAUCUUGUCUGGUUGGACAUCUCGGCAGCCCUGAAGGUAAGGAGGAUGGGAGCAGGGUUGGGGUGAAAUCCAUCUCAGCAGCAGCCAGGGCUCACCACUACUUGUCCAAGGCCAAGGGUGAUGGCGAGGUGGAGCUGCCUGUUCUCA